GUUAGAGGCCGGCUCUCAGAGCCAGUUUGAGGAGCUGCUGCAGAAAAGCGCCAACUUAACAGGCAGAAAGUAUUCAUUGAUGUCCCGGGGGAAGCAAUAAGGAAGGUCUCUAACAGUUGUGCAUUUUUGGGCACCAUGGGCUCCACAGUGCACCCAAAUGAACGAAGUCAUGGCCGAACUGGCGAAGGAGCAGCCUCAGGUCGUGUUUGUAAAGCUUGAAGCUGAAGCCGUUCCAGAAGUCUCUGAAAAAUACGAAAUUACCUCCGUGCCGACCUUUUUGUUUUUUAAGAACUCACAGAAGAUUGACAGAUUGGACGGUGCCCACGCGCCGGAGCUCACAAAGAGGGUUCAGCGCCAUGCCUCAAGCACCUCUUUUCCAGCUACCCCCAACAGUGCUCCCAAAGAAGACCUCAAUGGCAGACUGAAAAAGUUGAUAAAUGCUGCUCCAUGCAUGCUCUUUAUUAAGGGAUCUCCCCAGGAGCCAAGAUGUGGGUUCAGCAGGCAGAUUGUGGAUAUCCUUAACCAGCACAAGAUCCAGUUCAGCAGCUUUGAUAUACUGUCGGACCAAGAAGUCCGCCAGGGCCUAAAAACCUUUUCCGACUGGCCCACUUAUCCGCAGUUUUACGUCAAUGGCGAACUGUUGGGAGGACUGGAUAUCGUGAAGGAAAUGGUGGCAUCAGGAGAAUUGGACCAAAUGUGCCCCAAAGCCCAGAAUCUAGAGGAGAGGCUGAAGGUGCUUGUGAACAAAGCCCCAGUAAUGCUGUUUAUGAAAGGGAACAAAGAGAUGGCAAAAUGUGGCUUCAGCAGGCAAAUUCUAGAAAUAAUGAACAACACCGGUGUCAAUUUUGAAACGUUUGAUAUACUGGAAGAUGAAGAGGUGCGACAAGGUUUAAAAGCCUACUCCAACUGGCCGACCUAUCCUCAGCUUUACGUCAAAGGAGAACUUGUCGGGGGGCUGGACAUCGUUAAGGAGUUAAAAGAAAAUGGCGAAUUUGUUUCAGUUCUGAAGGGAGAUCAGUGAUACAUGUCGGCACUCUCAGCUGGAUCAGGAUAAAGCAGUUCUGCUGGAUUGCCUUAUUCCUUGGACUGAAUAAUAAAGGUCCAUCGUUGUCCCUCACGAGGGGGUGUCAUGUAUGAGCUCCUACCCGUUGGACUGGGGGGCAGAAGCUCUCCUUGUCCUUAGUGUUCACAUGUCUGCUCACAAUAACAUUCAAAAAAUAUUUUAAUUUAAUAAACAUUGUUACAAUC